CCCGGGAGGAGCUGCGCGUCCGGCGCGAGUGUGAGGACGCCCGCGCCCGCGCCGAGGUGGCCGUGCGGCGGCUGGAGGGCGCGCAGGCGGCGGAGCGGAGGCGCCUGCUGGCCCGCCUCGGCCAGCACGUGGCCGGGUUGCAGAACCUGCCGGAGCGGCUGGAGAGGCGCAGCGCGGCCGCGGCGUGCGACGGCGAGCCCUUCCUGCAGAUGGUGGUGCGCUGCGAGCUCGCGGGCGCCGGGUGCGGCGCCUCCGAGGCGGCCCCGUCGCCCGUCGGCAGCGGGCCGCUCGACAGCGGCAGCGCCGCGCGCGACCCAGCCGCGCCCAGGGGCGGCGCGUCCGGCAGCUCCACCACCGCCUGCAGCGUGCCCGACGCGCCGGCGCGGUGCACGAGCGAGGCACUGGCACUGGCCGGGUUCCUCGGCGCCCGCUUCCUCUCGCUGCGCGGGGCGAUGGCCGCCAUGGACCCGACGGGCAGCGGGGCGGUGACGUGCACGGGGCUGCAGGCGUGGCUGCCUCGUCCUGGCCAGCGGGUACGGGGCCCGGGGACCCGCUGCUGGCCUUCCGCGACCUCGACAGGGAGGCCCGCGGCUGCGUCCACCUGGAGGACCUGCGCCCCCUCGCGGCGGCCUUCUGCGCCUCCGGCCUCCGACACGGCCGCCCCGCGGGCACCGCCGGCGCCUGCCUGGCCGCGCUGCUGCACCGCGCCGCCGCGGGCCGC